AUGAUAAUGGUGCAGGACUGGUCAGUGGGCACUACAAGGGCCCCCAGGGAUGGGGAAGUACCAGGGGUGGACUAUAACUUCAUUUCUGUUGAACAGUUCAAAGCACUGGAAGAGAGUGGAGCAUUAUUAGAAAGUGGAACGUAUGACGGAAACUUCUAUGGAACUCCCAAACCUCCAGCAGAACGCAGCCCUUUCCAGCCAGAUCCAGUUGAUCAGGUCCUCUUCGAUAAUGAGUUUGACACCGAAUCCCAAAGAAAACGAACUACAUCUGUCAGCAAGAUGGAAAGAAUGGACAGCUCUCUUCCUGAAGAGGAAGACGAUGAGGGCAAGGAAGCUGUUAAUGGCAGUGGAACUGCAGGUUUGUAAACAGAUGAAAAAUUCUAACUGAUCUUCCGGGUUGACUUGAACAUGACACUGAACUGGAAGUAGUAAAACCUUUCCCAGAGCAUGUGUAGAGCAAGUGAUGCAAUUCUAAUUAUUUUUAAGAGAUUG